AUGGAGGAAGAACUGAAAUGCGCACUUUGUGUGCGAUUCUUCGACGAUCCUAUUAUUCUGAAUUGUGGUCACAGUUUGUGCCGAAUGUGUGCUUUAAAAUCACACCAACCAUGCACGUCGAGCUCAUCAAUUUCGUCGCAAUCCGGAACGCGUCCUUCAACGCCCGGUUCAUGCGCUCCUCUUCACACGCCGAUUCUAACCUCGAGCCCGCUGUCACCUCAAAGCAGCAGUAGCGGCGCUUCGGAUACUGUGUCACUUUGCGUGUCGGACGGCGAUCAUGAAAGCGACAAACUCAGCGUGGUGUCCGAAACCGACUCUGGUGUCGUUGUAUGCGGAAGAGCAAGUCGACCGUCUUCUAUCAUCGGUCCUCCACUUUCAAGGCUUCAUAAUAUUUUAACACCGUCCACGAGCAGUGUUCAACUAGUUUGCAAUUGUUGUCAGAAGACGUCAUACUUUUGCGACGAGAAUGCUAUCGCAAAUGCUCCAACCAACUUCGCCAUGCAAAAUGUGAUAAAUAGAUACUUGGCGACACAUCCGGGCAAGGCGACCACAUCGACAUCAUGUUCGGAUGAAAAGGAAGCGACAUGCCAACUGUGCGAAGACAACCGACGAGCCGCCACGGUGUUCUGCGAGCAAUGCGAUAUCUACUAUUGUACACCAUGUCAAACUGCCCUUCAUCCCGCCCGAGGUCCUUUAGCAAAGCAUACGUUGACUGCGCCGCUUAAAAGGAAACAAUCGCAUUCAAAAUCAGUCCGAGAUGGUCUCAAAUGCAUUAUUCAUCCGUCCGACGGUUUAACUAUGUACUGUUUAGCUUGCAAGAUGGCAGUUUGCUCGCGCUGCCUCCAGGACAUUCGUCAUACUAGUCACGACGUGCAAUCGCUGUCGGCGGCCUGCAAAUCGCACAAGACUGAACUGUCAUCGACACUUCAACAGCUAAGUGAAAAGGCCAAAAUGGCUACUGAAGAAAUCGGGAAGCUCAAAGGGAUGCAAGAAAUUAUUAAGAACAACAGCAAUGAUUUUAAAUCAGCCGUCUGUAUUCAAAUAGAUCAACUCAUUGAGCAACUACAAAUGCGCAAAGAUAAGCUAAUGCAGCAUGUUGAUGAGCAAGCUGAGCACAAGAGAAUGGUGUUGAAAUCGCAAAUAUCUCGAUGUACCUCAAAAUUAGCGAAAACAACUGCGUUGAUUCAAUUUUGCAUCGAAGCUUUAAAGGAACCUGAUCCAUCUGUAUACAUGCAGAUUUCGAAUACGUUGAUUCAUCGCUCAACAAGUUUGGAGUUUCUAUGGCACAAGGAAAUGAAAACGAAACCUGAAACUGACGCUGAAUUCAUAUUGAAUCUCGACACAAAGCACCUUCAGUACACUAUUCAAACGCUGGAUUUCGCUCAACUCAAAGUUGGUCGUGGUAGACGAAUUAAAGGAGAUGCGUCAAGAGUUCCAUCUGCUCCGAUCAUCGAGACUUCCGAAUGUUCAUCCGAGAACAAUUCAGUGACAGUGGUUUGGCGGCAGAAGAAUGAUGGAAGCGCUGUCGAUGGUUUCGCCCUUGAAAUCGACACCGGAAGGGAUGAUGGCAUAUUCAAGGAGGUUUAUUCGGGUCCUGACACGAUUUGCACUAUCGACGGUCUUCAUUUUAACACUGUUUAUACUGCGCGAGUCAAGGCUUACAAUUCAGCUGGUGAAAGCGAAUACAGUGAGCCGAUAUGUCUGCAAACUGCUCAUGUGGCUUGGUUUCAAUUGACAAAAUCUCCAUCACAAAGAGACAUGGUUCUAUCGAACGAUUGUGCAACCUUGUCUGGAUCUACAUUGGAAUAUCGAACAAUCCUUGGAUCCAUUGCUUUUUCAAAAGGAGUUCACUAUUGGGAAGUGACGAUUGAUCGUCAUGACGGCCAUUCUGAUGUGGUUAUUGGUGUAGCACAGCCAGCGAUCAACCGGAAUCUGAUGCUCGGAAAAGAUUUACAUGGCUGGUCUAUGUACGUUGAUGGAGAACGCUCCUGGUAUCUUCAUAAUGAGACACAUCAUAAUAGAAUCGCUGGAGGAAUCGGAAGAGGAUCUGUGAUCGGUGUAAAAUUGGAUUGUGAUCGAGGCACUCUUGAAUACACGAUAAAUGAUAGAAGUCGAGUUUACGACGGAGAUCGUCUAGCAUUUGCAAACAUGCCACGUGGCCUUUAUUAUCCAGCCUUCUCUGUAAAUGCGAAUGCAUCAAUAACCGUUCACACUGGUCUUUCCUGUCCUUCUUCUACCCGAUCCUCACCUGAAUAA